UUGUCCACCUUGUCAACUUUUUAGGGUUUUACGACCUUUUUUUGGAUCGAUUCCCUUUUGAUAAAUCUCUCAAUUUCGAAGAGUUUUGGUGAAUUUGUUGAAGUUUUGAGUUUGGAUUUGGGUUAUUUCUCGGAUUGUUGUUCUCGGUUGCUCAAUUUCGACCUAAGUGGCCUAAAAUCUGAGUCUUUGUGGAUGGGAAUGGUCACAAGGAAAGGGAUUCAGCUACUCUCCAACAAGUUUGGGUGCUAAGUUGAACGAAAUUUCAGUUUCCGAUGAUUUUUAGCUUGGAUUGGGGCGAGGAAUCGACUUGGAUUAGCAUCAGUUGAAGUUGUUUUAUCUGAUUGGGUUUGUUUCUCAAAUUUGUGUUUAUUUGUUACUGGAUUCGAAAGGGGGCUUGAAAUUUUGUCUUUGUUGAUAGGAGGGAAGGGUUUCGGCUCCUCUUCAACGAAUUUUGGUGCUAUUUUAACGAUUUUCAGUUUCUGAUGCAGCAAUUUGAGACUUUUAGCUUGGAUUUGGAGUAAAGAAAUAUUUUUUGGAUUCUUUUUAGUUGAUUCAAAAAGAGGCUUAAAUUUUGGGUCUCUAUAGUUGUAGAUGUUGACAGGGAAAGAGAUUCAGCAAAACUAAGCAGUUCCACCUUAUGAUACAGCAAAUUUUGGUUUUUAAGAUUGGAUUUUAUAUGUCGAGUUCUCGUUUAGCAACUAAAAAUGGAAUGCCCAAUUCGGCGUAGGGGAGCACAAACUGGUUUCUGAUUUGUUUCGGCGCUCAAAUGGAUCAAUUUCCACCCUUUAGUCAAGGAAAUGGCACCCCGAUGUCUGAGGAUGUAUUCAAUUACUCAGCUCUCAUGAAUAUUGAAACUUUCACUGAGCUCUGCAAUCCUUCUAUAUCUGAUCGAUUGCUGCUAUCAUUCAACUACUCCUCUGCUCAGCCGAAGAAUGGAACCGAUCCUUAUCUUCCUUCACAAAGUUUUGAUCCUUCAAACUGUACAGAUAGUCCCCAUAUCAGGCCACAAAAUGCCAAUUUGCAUUCCAGGUGCUCAUUGAAUUCGAUCGAGAUAACAAACUCAUCGAAGGAUAGGAGUGGUGAUGCGCGUGAUGAAAAUAGUAUAGUUCCGAGAUCCUUCGCGGGUAUUACUCUUGUCGAGAAGUUACUCACAGCACUGUCUUUGUUCAAAAAAUCCUCAGGAGGAGGGAUAUUAGCCCAAGUUUGGAUGCCCAUGAAGGUUGGAGAUGAGUAUAUACUAAGCACAUCGGAGCAACCCUACCUUUUAGACCAAAUCUUUUCUGGAUAUCGAGAAGUUUCUAGGUCAUUCACAUUUUCGUGGAAAGAAGCACCCGGAAUGUCGCCUGGACUGCCUGGGAGAGUGUUUAUUUCGGGAAUGCCCGAAUGGACCUCGAACAUAGCGUUCUAUCAUCCGAUAGAGUAUUUGCGGGUAAAUCACGCGCUUGCUCAUGAAGUCCGUGGCUCUCUUGCCUUGCCGAUAUUUGAUACACAUGACAGCUCAUGUUGUGCGGUACUUGAACUCGUUACAAAGAAAGAGAAAGCCGAUUUUGAUGCCGACAUUGAUAGUGUAUGCGGUGCUCUGGAGGCUGUAAAUUUAAGGAGUGUCAAAACAUGUGCUCGAGCUCGAAAACAGUUGCAGAAUCUUACACAAGGUCAGAAGUCUGCAUUCACAGAGAUACUAGAUGUCCUGAGAGUAGUUUGUCAUGCACAUAUGUUACCCCUUGCGCUCACAUGGGUCCCCACUAGACAAUUCGGCCAAACUUUAAGUGAAACUAUGAGAAGCUCUAUAGGAGAGACAAGCUCACUUGCAGAGAACAAUACCAUGCUCUCCGUUCAAGAGUCAUCUUGCUAUGUCAAUGAUCGAAGAAUGCUAGGUUUUCUACAUGCUUGUUCCGAACAUAAUGUGCAGAAAGGGCAGUUCAUUGCUGGAAAAGCAAUUCAAUCGAAACAACCAAUCUUUGCCCCCGAUGUGAAAGUUUACGGUGUGCAGCAUUACCCAUUUGCGCACCAUGCAAGGAAGUUUGGCCUACAUGCUGCUGUGGCAAUUCGAGUUCAGAGCACAUUCACCGGUCGUGAUGAUUAUGUAUUGGAGUUCUUUCUACCAGUUAAUUGCAAAGGGAGUUCAGAGCAACAACUUUUAUUAAACAAUCUCGCGGGUACGCUGCAGAGAAUAUGCAGAAGCUUGAGAACUGUUUCAGGAGAUGAGAAAAUUCGUUUUAAUUUGUAUAAAGAAGGUAUUGACAAGGGAUUGGGUAGUUUAAAGUUGGGAAAUACAUCUGCGAGUGGUUUCCAAAGUGUUGUGGAUUCAACCACGCUCAAUUUUGAAAUUCAACACGUGGGGCAUGGCAAAGAAAUAAAUGCUUCCCAUGAUAAGAAAAAAUCUGGUCCGAUGAGACAUCAGAAGAAAAUGCGUAGUGUCGUGGAAAAGAAUAUCAGCUUGAGUGUUCUUCAAAAAUACUAUUCAGGGACUCUCAAGGAUGCUGCAAAGAGCAUUGGUGUUUGCCCGACCACGCUGAAAAGAAUAUGCAGGCUUAACGGGAUUUCGAGAUGGCCAUCGCGAACGAUAAGCAAGGUGAACCACUCGAUGAAGAAAAUCGAGACGGUGAUAAAUUCUGUGCCAGGAAUGGCCGGAACACUUAUGUUUGAUCCAUCUACUGGAAAUCUGACAAAGGAUCUUGGUUUUCCUGAAAAACAAACAACAAUGACCUCAAAUUCAUUAGGCAUCAGUGAACAACAACAGUUUCCUGUGCGAUUGGAAGAAAACUGUUUGGCUAGCGGAAACCCUAUGGCCAAUCCAAGCGAACCAAAUUUUUGUCAAAUAGAAGCUACUAGUUCUCACGAUUUGCCAAUUAGGUUUGUUAAUGAAUGUGGGAGUUCUGAAGGACCAUCCAAUGCUGCCAACAAAAGAAGCAAUCGAGCUGUUUCUAAACUUAGUAAUUUGGGCUUGGAAGUAGCAGAAAAUAUGGAAAUUGGAAUAGAUACAAACAAUAAAAACAGCGAAAGGAUCACAGAACAAAACCAUCUUACCAAUUCUGACACAACAGAUUCAUCCAGUGGUAGUGCAUCGAGUUGCCCGACUUCAAAAAAGGACUCGGACAAAAAUGUGACACCCGCCGAUAUUAAUUGUGGAUUGGCCAUUAGGAUAAAAGCUACAUACAAAGAGGACACUGUGCGGUUCAAGUUCUUUCCCUCCAUGGGUUGGUAUCAGUUGACAGAGGAGAUCGGAAAGAGGUUCAAAUUGUCAACAGGGACCUUUCAGCUAAAGUAUCUGGACGACGAAGGAGAAUGGGUUCUUUUGAUGAACAAUUCGGAUCUCCAAGAGUGUGUUGAGAUAUUGGAGUCUAUGGGGACCGAAAGUUUACGUAUUAUGGUUCGAGACCUCCCUUUCAGUGCUGGCAGCUCGGGUAGUAGUAAUAGCCUUCUUUUAGAACCAUGAAGUCCUCAUCAGUAUGAUAAUACAUUCCACACCGUAAAUGCUCCCCUACAAGUGUUGCAAAUUCCACGUUGUUAUGUUGGAAUAUCUAAACCUACAUUUUACCCCGUCGACCUAGAAGCAAAGCAUGUAUAUUGAUUGCGGAAUACUGAUGGGAGGGUGUAAGGUGAUAGUAUAUAUGUUUCAAUAUUUAGAGGCGGCAAAGAUGACAUCACAAAUUCAACUCUCGAUUUACCGCUCGACCCUCCACAGUGCUUAAACUGCAUAUUCUGCUGCCGAUGAUAAUGCUGGCUCUGCAAAUCCUAUUGCAUUUGUUCGCGGGGCAUGAUCGGCUUCCGAAUAUAGACUAGAUGCUACGUAGUUGUUACUUAGCGGAUUGAAAAUUGAAAGAUCAUUACCGGCGUGCCAGAUACUCGGCGCCUAUAGUUUUUGCUUUGAAGGUAUCUACUUUUAAUAUUAGAAACAAGGUUUGAAUUUACUGCGAGAAAGCAAUUUGAGCUUCUCUCGAUUUGUAAUCUAUAGGAGUUCUGCUGAUCAACUCUAAGAUGAUCUAUAUUUGCGAUGAGAACCAAUUUGUUUUAGUUGUAUAUUCUAUAUGGAGAUAAGGAGUGAAUGAUCUGGAAGAAGGAAUAGAAAUAUGCGCAAAACAUUGUUACUUA